GAAUUUAUACAAUGUAAUUUUUUGUUGUUGCUUGUAACACCCGCCCCUUUAUGUAUCGAUUCUGUCAUCCAAUGAACGAGUGUAAAUGUGAGAAUGGACCAAUACAGAGCGUGCAUCACGGAGGUGUUCCGCUUUCCCAGAAAUACUUGACAGAUUCUACUUCAGAUUGAGAGAAUUCAAGAUGGCUGCUUCAGGUUCCAGGUAAGGGCUCACUCCCCCGGAUCCCCAGUGCAUGAAGUUCUCCUGUUGUUGAAGGAUCUCAGUGCUGCCUCCCUUGCUCUUCUUGCCUGUCAUUAUGUCCUCAAACUCUUCCUCCUGCUCCUCCUCGGGAGAGACUAGUCCGGAGGACGUGCCCCGAGGUGGGGGCACCAUCCGUGUCUUCCUCCCCAAUCAACAGAGGACCGUGGUGAAUGUUCGCCCUGGGCAGACCGUUUAUGACAGUUUGGAUAAAGCCCUUAAAGUAAGGGGCCUGAGCCAGGACUGUUGCGCUGUGUUUCGACUCCUAGAAGGUCGCAAGAGACUAACUGAUUGGAACACUGACAUCACCCCACUGGUAGGAGAAGAGCUGCUGGUAGAGGUGUUGGAUGAUGUCCCCCUCACCAUGCAUAACUUUGUACGAAAAACCUUCUUUAAGUUGGCCUAUUGUGACUUCUGUCACAAGUUUCUGUUCAACGGCUUCAGAUGUCAGACAUGUGGCUACAAGUUUCACCAGCACUGCAGCAGCAAAGUCCCCACUGUGUGUGUGGACAUGGACACUAUAACAAAACGGUGCACACCUAAUCCUUGCCCAGAUGAGUACCCUCAGAUAUCCAUACUGUUGCCAGACAACUCCAUAUCCCAGAGCGACAUAGCCUUAACCCCGGAUCCUUCUGGGCACGGACUACUGUCCCCAACCUCGGCCUUCCGGUUCCCUCUGCCAGGUGGAGAUGGUCAGUCCCUACAGAGGCAUCGGUCCACCUCCACCCCCAACGUCCACAUGGUCAGCAUCGUGGGCCCUGCCGGUGUCAGCAUCAUAGAGGAUGCGUUAAAAAUACAAAACAAUACAAUGGUUCCUGAACCAUCACCCAAACCCUCUACCAGCCCGCCCUCUCUGGGCUCCCCUGGCAGGAGACCCCCCAAAUCCCCCUCAGAGCACAAGGAGCGCAAGCCCUCCUCAUCUGACGACAAAAAGAAAGUGCACCGUGGAGGCUAUAGAGACUCAAGUUACUACUGGGAGGUCCACUCGCGAGAAGUCAACAUCCAGAAAAGGAUAGGUGCAGGCUCCUUCGGGACUGUCUUCAAGGGCAAGUGGCACGGAGACGUGGCCAUCAAGAUCCUCAAAGUGACAGAGCCAACACCUGAGCAGUUGCAAGCCUUUAAAAAUGAAAUGCAAGUGCUACGAAAGACACGCCACGUCAACAUUCUGCUGUUCAUGGGCUUCAUGACUAAGCCUAACUUUGCCAUCAUCACACAGUGGUGUGAGGGCAGCAGCCUGUACCGCCAUCUGCACGUCUCUGAGACCAAGUUUGAGACCAUGCGUCGCAUCGACGUGGCCAGGCAGACAGCACAGGGCAUGGAUUAUCUUCAUGCCAAGAAUAUAAUUCAUCGAGACCUGAAAUCAAACAACAUCUUCCUCCAUGAGGGCUGGACUGUGAAGAUCGGGGACUUUGGGCUGGCAACGGUGAAGUCUCGAUGGAGUGGCUCUGAGCAGGUAGAACAGCCCAGCGGCUCCAUUCUGUGGAUGGCUCCUGAGGUGAUCCGGAUGCAGGACGCCAACCCUUACACGUUCCAGUCAGAUGUGUACGGCUACGGGGUGGUGCUGUUUGAGCUGAUGUCGGGGACUCUGCCUUAUUCCCAGAUUAACAACCGAGACCAGAUACUCUUUAUGGUUGGGCGUGGCUACUUGUCUCCAGACCUCAGUUUGCUGUCCAGUAGCUCACCCAAGUCCAUGAAGAGGCUCAUCAUUGACUGCCUGAAGUUCAAACGUGAUGAGAGGCCCCUCUUUCCACAGAUCAUGUUAGGCAUUGAGCAGGUCCAGGACCUGUUGCCAAAAAUUGAGCGGAGUGCCUCGGAGCCCUCCCUCCACCGGGCUGUCCAUGCGGAGGAACUGAACCCACUCCUGUUCCACACCACUCGGCUGAUGCCCCUGUGAGCUCUGCCAAGCCAGGCCCAGGAGUUGUCUGUCCUUCUGAGGGAAGAGACCAUCACCACUGACGCCAACGCUGGCUGCAUUACUCCCAUGAGAGCGAGUCCACAGACAGCUGCCCAUCUAAACACCCCCAGGACUGUGUCCCAAAUGGCACUCUCUUCCCUCCAUAGUGCACUACUUUUGACCUGGGCCCUAUGGGCCCCGGUCAAGGUAAUGCAGUAUAAGGUGAAUCGGCUGCUGUUUGGGACGCAACCCAGCAUUCCCCUUCCUCUGGCACUGGUUGGGGCUCCUACAGACAACACCACCACCACCAAAUGUAACCCCUCCUCACGCCGACACUCCACAGCACAACCCCCUGAGCCCUCAGACUCUCCCUACUACACAUCAGAACCACACAGCUCCCCUCCCUCUCCCCCUGCUCACAGGCCUAGACACACUGGAACACAUGCUGGCCAGGCCAGGUCAGAACCCCUACAUUCCUAUACUGUCACUCUACUGGCCAGGCCAGGUCAGAACCCCUACAUUCCUAUACUGUCACUCUACUGGCCAGGCCAGGUCAGAACCCCUACAUUCCUAUACUGUCACUCUAAUGGCCAGGCCAGGUCAGAACCCCUACAUUCCUAUACUGUCACUCUACUGGCCAGGCCAGGUCAGAACCCCUACAUUCCUAUACUGUCACUCUACUGGCCAGGCCAGGUCAGAACCCCUACAUUCCUAUACUGUCACUCUACUGGCCAGGCCAGGUCAGAACCCCUACAUUCCUAUACUGUCACUCUACUGGCCAGGCCAGGUCUGAACCCCUACAUUCCUAUACUGUCACUCUACUGGCCAGGCCAGGUCUGAACCCCUACAUUCCUAUACUGGCCUGGCUAUGGAUUUCUCAAGGCUGCUUUUAAGUGCGGGACGCCAGACUUUGAAGUCGUGUCAUAAUGACGUCAGUGUUUUGCGCUUUUGAGUGCAAGCGAUGAAAGAGAAAUGCUUACAGAACCACAAUGGCAUGCACAGAAGAUGACUUUCACUUGGUUGUUGUGACCAUAUUUUAAGUUAUUGGUCCUUUUGGUCCCAUAAUGGUUUCGGUUAAUCAUAGUGUCGUCGUGCAGUCUUAGGAUAUGACCAUGAAUAAGCUGCUAUACAACAUGGAUUUGAAAUGCCACUGUCGAAGACAAGCAGUUUGGGACUCAAGUUAACGGCGGCAUCAAAUGUGUACGGCACCAUUUUAAUAGACACAGCAGGGUCGUAUUUAUUAGUGCACACCAAAGCAAAACUUUUUUGCGACGGAAAUACGAAAACAAGAGCUUCUUAUUGGACAUGGUUAGGUAGUCCCUCCCUGUUUCAGUCCAUUUUCUUUCAUUUGGUGCCUAGUUAAUAUGACCCAGACCCGUAUAUAAACCUUUGCAUUGUUUCCAGUGAAUACAUAGGCUAGUUUAACCCAGAGGCCUUCUGUAUGGCCUGAAACCUGUAGUCUUAACAAGUAAAGAGUAUUCUCAAUGCUUUACAAGCUUAAAGUCAGCUUGACUACAUUGCACCAUGGACAAGCACGUGUGCUAGCAGAUCUGGUUAAAACAAGCUGCCUUACUUAUAUGUAGUUGCUUUUUGCUCAUUGUGACACAGGAAGCUUACUCAUUAUCAAUCACGUGACACCUAGUUUAUCUGAAUCCUGCUUUCAAUAUAACUUUUAUGGGGGUAUAAUAACUUGAAGAUGUCAAUGUUUGGAACGUUGUUUGUUUUCUUAAUUCCUGAUUGUAUUAGCUUUUACACUUUGACUGGCCUUUAGGAAAUGGUAGCCUUUAACUUAAAUGAAUGACUUCUCCUCUUCCUGCUUCCAAUUGCUGUUGAUCGUGGGUUGCUACUUAAAUUGAGUGUUGUACCUAGUGAAAGAUGGUUGGUUGCUUGCUUGGUAUUAACAGUGAUUAGCCUAUUGCCCUCAGACUCGACUCUGGACCGCAAAGCCAGUUCCACUGUUUGUUUUUUUCAUUGUUCCCCUCUAAUCAGGGACUGAUUUAGACACGUGACACCAGGUGGGUGUAAUUAAGGUAGGACAGAGAAACAGCAGGCUCCGGGACAUAGGGUAAGAGUUGAAUACCCCGGGCCUAUUGGUUUCCUCCUCCUUUCAGUGAAAGUGCAUUGAUGGUUAUUUUGAGUGAGGCUUUUUCAAUUGAUACUAAGUAGAUUGCUCCAUGGUGCAACUGGGAUGGGAUGACUGUUAUUUGUUGCUGCAUACUGGUUACAACGAGGGGCAGAUUUGAAUCGUCAAUGGUAACUUGUUAUGUUUUGUGUCAUGCUUAAUUUGAACUAAUCGUAACUGUGAUUUUAACCCAUAAGGGGUCUGUUGUUUUUGGUCUUAUGUGUGCUGGAAAUGGCUUGGACAGUAGAGGGCGUGAUUUCGUAAUACUGUAUUUGACACGAUCAAUUUAAAUUAGUGCAGAUUGUAUUGUGGGGUGAUGGUUACUGAACAAACAAUAACUGACUUUUUUUUUUUUUUUUACUAUAAAAAGCAGAUAUACAGGUUUUUAACCUAGAUGUUUUAAUGUUUUCAAGAGGGGCUGGGUACCCUAUUGUUAUUUACUCAUUCCAAUUAUGUUGGCUUUUGUGAAUAGGUUUGACUUGGAGAUUUUGGUAGACAAGGGUUGGGAAAGACUACAUUUCUCAUUUUAUUUAUUGAUGUUAUUGUCAUUGCAGAUAGCGGUGUGAUACAUCUGCUGUCAUGGACCUUUUGGUGGAUGAAAUGUUUACCGAGUGAUAAGAGCUCACUCUUUGCAGCAUUUAAAUCAUGGAUGGUUUGGGUUCUCUAACCUAGCGGAAUGUACUUUCAAGACAUGGUACUGUCUCAAACUACUCUAAUUGAGCUUCAGAUUGCUGAUACUCUGUCAAGUGCAUUUAAUUGGCUUUUGAUUGCAUUACAUUUUCCUCUGCAACUCUAACUUCACCCAUGGCUGUAGUGAGCACUGCAUUAUUUACUGGGGUGGAAUAAUGUGGUAUACACCCCACUGAGGUGGGGUGUAUAUACCCGCCCUACUGCGGAUUCAGUAUCCUCCUGAGACUUGGGAUACAUUGUCGUUACCCUCCUCUGGUCAGACCCAGGAAAUAUGGAAUGUCAUUGAAGUGGCAUUUAUACUGUUAGCAAUGCAAUAUGCAGCAAAAGAAAGAAAAAGGCAUGGAAAAUCUGUUUUUGAAGACAUUGCACAUCAAACAUGAAUUUGUCCCAGGUGUAGGUCAUACACAAAUAAUUUGAAUAGCCCAAAGGCUUCAGAAUGAAACAUAUCUUUCCAAAUGAAAUCCCUUUUACAGACGAGUUUAUCUCUUAAAGUAUCCAGUGCAUUUUAGAGGUGUCCAUGAUGCAGGAAUAGUCUAGCUUCUUAUGUUUGGUGGCAUUGCUUUACCAUAAUGGCAGUCGGUUUCUGCUGAAUUGAUAGUGAGUACGUUUGUUACUCAGAGGGACUCUGGUUUCUUUAAUGACCUCCCUAUUAAAUAAGAUAUCUUCUCUAAGUGACAUAUCUUACCAUUUCAGUUUAGUCAAAUGCAUCUCCCUCUCUCUUCCAAAGAGGAUAUUGUUUCUUCUGUUGUGUGUUCAGAGAGGAGGACAAAAGUGCCACAGUUACUGAAAUUUUGUACAAGUUAAAUAGAAAGAAAUGGACCUCCCCUGAAAUUGACUGCGCUAAAGGCAUGACAUCACAUUGAAGAUAGCAGUUGCUGUGCUUCAGACACCGGGUAAUUACAGGGGCAGCGUGGGGAAAUGAACCGGACUCAUUUAACAGCUGUCAUAUUUCAGAGCAGUAAAGAGAAUGAAUGAAUCUGUCAGUCUAGUUUUGCAUAUCUCUAGGUGAAUUGCAAUAAUUGUGUGUGUAUAGUUUCUGAGGUAUCAGGGGUGUUCAGUUUGCAAUAAAUGGUAUAUUCUGCUGUGUACAGUUACAUUUUUUUUAAAUGACAAAAUUGUACUUGUUUCUAUUUUUUGUGACGGUUUCAAAAAAGAACACAAUUAUUUUAAAGGAAGUCUUAGUAUUUUUUUAGUUUUUGUCUUAAAAUAUUGAGGAUGCAGGAUUUUAUUGUUUAAAUAAAACUGUGCAAUGCUUAAA